CUUUUGUUUUCUUCAAGCAGGUAUGACGUAUGCGUAUUUAGUGAGGUGAUCUCUCUUCAGCCUUUAGUCUCCUGUUUUAAAGUCUUAAAUUAAAAAUGCUUCCCUCAUUUCAGCGUCUCUAGAACAGUGGUUAGGAGAGAAAAUGUAUUAGCUUGCAUUCGAAGUGCCAUAUCAGUAAUUUACCCAAUAUUCAGAUACUCACCUAUAUCUCACAUCAGUCCUUAUUCUGAACAUAUUUUAGUGUUCAUUCAGCUCACAAGAGAAACAUGCGGACCGGUAAAAUAUUUCUGUAAGUCUUCAGAAGUGUGUUGCAGACGAAACGUCUGGCUUUCCCAUUACUAUUUGUACUAUCCAGUGACUGACUGCCAGACAAAAUAUCCUCACCCAUCCUCCUCUUCGCUGACGACAUAAAAAUUUGGAGGGUGGUAAACGAAGAAGCCGACUGUGCAGCACUACAAAAGGACUUGCAGCAACUCGAGCUCUGGUCGUCGGAAAAUGGUCUGAGCUUCAACUUGGAAAAGUGCAAAGUAAAAAUGAGGCAAGUACGACCGACUUCCAGUACAUGUUGAGCAACCGUGCUAUCACCAGAGUGUCCAUGGAGAAAGAUUUGGGGCUCAACUUCUCCGACACCUUGGACACCAGCUCCAACUACAAAGGUAUGACAACCAGAGCGAACGCCAUUCUACACUUUCUGCGUAGACAGCUUGGCGCCCUCACUCCCGAACUCUUCCUUACCAUUUUCAAAUCCUACGUGCGGCCGCACCUAGAGGUCUUCAAUACGGUGGCUCCUCCAACACUCAAGAGAGACUCUAAUCUCCUUGAAAGAAUACAAAGAACUGCAACAAAAUCAGUUGUGGGGCUAAGGGGAAAGACGUAUCCUGAAAGACUUAAACACCUCAACCUAUUUACCUUGGGUUAUCGCAGGAAAAGGGGUGACCUCAUUAUGACAUACAAGAUCGCCCAUCAGGCAGACCAUGCAAACAAAUCAAUUUUGCCUGCAACUGAACGAUCUUCACGAGGAAACCCCUUUAAGAUAGCACACCAGAGAGCCAACACCACACUCAGGUCCAAAUUUUUCUCCCUGAGAGUAUGUGCUUUAUGGAAUGCCUUACCGCGACACAUCGUUAUAGCUCCUUCAAUCGACUCUUUCAAGAGGCGAUUAGACAGUUAUGUCACCUCGCAUGGACUACCACGGACGUACUCAGGUAGUCACCAACCUCAGUAGCCCCCAACUCCCUCCUAACUACCACUCACUAUCUCUCUCCUUAAUACACCCACAUUACCUACUAAUUCUUCUGUAGGAACCAAACCCACGCGACCAUUCGCGCAAUUCCCAAAUACUUUUCUUUCGUUCUCAUUUCUCUUUUCACCCCUUCUUUUAUUCUCCUUCCCUUUCCUCUUCCCUACAUUAUUAUUACUAUUAUUUUUAUUUUUAAUUUUAUUUAUUUAUUUAUUUAU